AUGGCUAAACAGGCGGAGAAGAAGAACAAGGACUUGAUGUCAACGCAGGUCCUUCUGGCGGCAUCCGGCUUAGCAGAAUUCUACAAGUACUUUGACCAGGCAGGCCACUCCAUGUUCGACGCUAUGACAAAGAUUAGCGAUCUCAAGGUGGAGCAGAUCCUGCUGGAGGUCGAGGCACGCUGCGGCGUCACCUUCAACGCCGCCGUACGAAUCAGGCUCUGGAAGGCGCUUCGCUACCAGUGGUUCCGCGGGCCAGGCAAAGGCAUGAAGUUCGUAGAACGCACGGAUGUGCCACAGCUGCACUUGCCUCCUUUGGAGUGGCAAGAGCAGGACAGCAAAUUCAGGUUUGCCGAUCUGGAGUCUGACCGGCAACGACAGAUUGUAAGAAAAAUCAAGCAACUGGCGCCCGGUGAAACCGGCCAAUCCCUACAGACCUUCCAGUUUGAAGUUUAUACCCGCACUCCCGACCUCAUCUACGAGUAUCGAGACUUGGAGCGGUGCGUCCAGGAGUGGGAGCGGCGGAAUCCGCGAUCGAUGAUUCAGGAGGACAUGCGGGAAGAGGUUAUGCGUAUGAGAAUGAAAAGUUGUAUCGAUGCUGCGAAUGCAAGCAUUGCGGUAAGGAAGGCGCGAGCCCACAAGUUGAAAAGCUAUGCGUCCACCCUGUUGCUGAUUCAGCUCGUGAUGUUCUCACUGUGCGUGGCCAUGCUGCUAACAGCCUUCGCUUCGCUUAACAACACGCCGCCUCAGAUUCUGUUCACAUUCUUCUUAUCCAGCAAGCAGUUUUUGUCAUCUAUGGUAUUCUUUACAGCAUCGGUUGUGGCAAACGUCGUUUCAGAGCGUGCGCGGGGAGAUCCGCUCAUCCGCGAGCUCAGAAAGACAGUAUUGAGCUGCGAACGGCUCAUCGAGCGAAUUAGUGAUUUUCGCAUCGCCACGGAGGAGUUGCGCCUGCAGAAAAACGAGGCUGGCAAAAAAGGUGUUCCUGUUGGCCUCAACCUGAAUGUUUCGACAGAGGGCAAGAAAGCCGAGCAGCACGAGGAUGGUGAUGACCCGAAUCAGGUCCGCCAGCGGGGAAGAAGGGGCAAGAAAAAGAAGGAGCGGCCCAAAGAUGAAGCCCUGCAACUCUGGGCACCAGAUGUCUCUUCACCGCAAGGUCAAGAGCUUCAGAUGAUGCAGAAGCAACUUGCGCAGAGCUUCAAAAGACUGGACGCUCCACCAGAAGACUUUCAGCGGCCCGGCGGUGAUCGCAUGCGAGCUUUCCAUCAAAAGCUCGGCGGCGUGUCGGAAGACGACCUCUGCGUGCAGAUCACAAGCAAGCAGCAGAAGAGGCGUCAGGCCUAUGUGGAGCAGCUGAAGGAACAAGCACUGGCAAAGCUUCCGAAAAACCCUCCACCGCCUGCCUUGGCCAUGCAGUCUGCUGGGCAGGAUGAUCGUCGUCAAGCACGCAGAGCCCAGGCAAGCAUGGGCAGCACGCAGGCGCAAACCAUCGGGCGGCAACUCACGGAUCAGCCCUGA